UUUGCUGCUCAUUUCACAUUCCCAGUGCUUCCUGUGUUAUGGUUUCAGAAGUGCUGCUUCUCCUGGGCCUGUGUGGUCUCAGUCAUCCAGCAUUGGCAGUGCUUGACUAUGGAAAUACUGAAGUAAUUUACGCUUCUUAUGAUGAGCACACGGCAACACCAGAUUAUUACCACAGCAUUGACUGGCUGUUUGACCUAAUUGAUGAGACAAAUGAGUGUGAGCCAAACCCCUGUCUCAACAAUGGUGUAUGUGAAAUUGAAGAUGGUCACUACAGAUGCUUAUGUCCUAAGCCUUAUACUGGCAGAAAGUGUCAAAAUGUGAAGAAUGUCUGUAAAACAGUCAAGUGUGGUCAUGGCGACUGCGUUCGUACCCAAACUCAUCCAUUUUAUGAAUGCAAAUGCAAAGCCCCCUACCAACCCCCCAACUGCAAGCAAGCUUCGGCCUGUAACCCCAGCCCCUGUUUGAAUGGAGCCACCUGCCUUAAGGGCCGUACGAGAGCCAGCUUCCAGUGUGUCUGUCCUGAAAACUAUAGUGGAAAGUUCUGUCAAGUCGGUCCUAGUGAUUGUUAUGUGGGUGAUGGGGAGACAUAUGGUGGCUUUGUGAGUCAGACAGAGGAUGGAGAUGAGUGCCUGUUUUGGAACUCUCACCUCAUACCUCUGGCUGAGUAUGAAGGAGAUCGUGGCAUAGGUCCUCAUAACUACUGCAGAAACCCUGAUGGCGAAGACCGACCUUGGUGCUUUAUCAAACAUAAGGGCAAGCUACGCUGGAAUCACUGCAAUGUAACACGAUGCUCUGUUGCUCCAACCUCCGCAGAAGUCUCUAGGGAAACAGAUACUCCAAUGGGCAGCGCAGCCCCUCCAAAGCAGCACUUUGCAGCGUGUGGGAAGCCCCAGCCAGGCCGUGUCCUCCCUAAGAUCUUUGGUGGGCGGAAAUCCAUCCCAGCUGCCCAUCCCUGGCAGGCUUCCCUACAGGCCCGCCGCAAACGCACAUCUGAGCCUUUUAGCCACGUCUGUGGAGGAAUUCUUAUCGACUCAUGCUGGGUCCUCACAGCAGCUCACUGUUUUGACAGGAUGCAGGACAUGCAGGUGGUGCUUGGGGGGAUAAGCCUAGAGAGGCCAGAAGAAUCAGAACAAACACUGGAAGUGAAGGAUUUUAUCAUUCAUGAGAAUUACAGUCUGACACCAGACGCCAUCUAUAGUGACAUCGCUCUGGUGAAGCUUAAAGCUGUGCGCGGUCAGUGUGCCCAGGAAACAAGAUUUGUGAAGACGGCCUGUCUGCCCAUGGGCCCUUUCCCUGAUGGCACACAGUGUACCAUCUCAGGCUGGGGAGCAACAGAGAAAGAUCAGUUCGGCUCAGACCACCUCCUGGACGCCAAAGUUGUUCUGAUUUCCCAAAAACUUUGCAUGGCUCCUCACAUCCAUGGAAAUGCACUGGAUCACAGUAUGUUCUGUGCCGGAAACCUACAAGGAGUCGACUCCUGCCAGGGUGACUCUGGAGGCCCGCUGGUCUGUAAUAUGAAUGGAACUCAUUAUGUCUAUGGUGUGGUGAGCUGGGGUGAUGGCUGUGGGAAGAAGAACAAACCAGGAGUCUACACCAAAGUCAGUCAGUUCACUGACUGGAUCCAAACCAAAAUACGCUCUACAUAACUUGUUGGAUUUCCAUGGCAUCUGGAUUGACCCCGGGCUGCUGGACCUCCUCCCGGGUCUCCUUGUGAUCUGAAGAUGACUCCUGCCCCUGCAUUUGCUGCUCUCGCUGCAGCAUCUGAGACAGAAUAAAGAAGAAGAACAGGCAGACGCUGGAUUAGCAAAAACAGAAAAAGCAAAGAUCAGUAAUAUUAGUGAGGCCAUUACGAAACACAUCAACAACUCAGUUACACUAUGCAUUUACAUUAUCUUUUCACCUGUGGUUGUUUAUGGUCAGUGGUAUUUCUAGAAUGCUGUUUACACUAUUAAAGUAUCUCAGUCUGAUUUACUAAA